GAUCAAGGGUCUAAAUUCCGUCUGUUGUUUACAUACUGUUCACGCGAUUUUAAAUUCGGAGCUGGAAACAUUUCUGAACCUUUGAAGUUUGAGAGAAGGCACAUCUGAAGAAAAAUGCUGGGGAGCAUUUGGAACUUCGUGAAACGCCAUAGAAGAAAAUUCUUGGUUCUUGGUGCAGUUGCAGGAGGUGCAUCACUCCUUUACAAGUAUGCUGAGUGGAAGUUGAAGGAAUGGAGAGAGACAGAAGAAGCAGAAUGUCUCGCAAUGGCUCGCAGAGCGCACCAUUUCGAGAGCAACCAGCGAACUUGCAACAUGACAGUGCUGUCCAUGAUCCCUAAGCUGAGGGAGCUGCUUCUUUACCAUCUCAAUUCUGAAGAGCUCAUCCAGAAGCUGAAGUCAGGAACUGAAAACAAGGUUGUAGUAUGGAAUGAGCUGAAAGUUGUCAGUUUCACAAGAAUGGUGGUCUCUGUGUACAGUACUGUGUUGCUGACGGCCUUUCUGAGAGUGCAGCUGAACAUUCUGGGAGGUUACAUGUACCUGGAUACACUGGCUGGGAAGAAUGGCCUGACAUAUUACCAGGUACAUGCCACGCAGGAUGUACAGAAGGAAUAUCUUGCCAUGGUUCAAUACCUUCUUACAGAUGGUUUGACUGAGCUCAUAAAUCAUGUUCAAGAAGUUGUCCAGAAUGUUGUUGGAAGCAUAUCAUUACAGCAGCUUCUAAGCCUGUCAGACAUGGAGGAGAUCAUAGCAAAGGUCAGAGGUCAGGUAGAAACGACGCAGUAUGGAGGAGAAGUGGUAGUACCAGACUGUUCCAUUCACCCCCUGGGGAGGUAUCUCCUGAAGCCAGAGGGACUAGAUGGAGAGGAAUCUGCAUGUCGGCUCAGCGAUGACCAGCUUGUACUGAGCCAGAUGCAAAUAGAGACUAGGGAUUUAGUUGAAAGCCAUGAUUUUAGCUGUGUGAUGAAUUCUUGCCUUGAUAUCGGAUUUAGCCGUCUACUGGACAACAUGGCUGAGUUCUUUAGACCAGUCACAACUCGAAAUGGAGAAAGCCCAUGUGGACUCAAACUAGCCAUGGCCAAAGCCAUACCCAUUGUUAAUGGCCAGGUCAACGCACUUUGCUGUGAUACUCCAAACCAUUUUAUCCAGGAGCUGCUACUGAUGCAGUGCGUGAAGGACUUUGCUUCUAAUGUUUACGAGGGCUUCAGCCAGCCUCCGGCCCAUGAAGAAAGAAAUGGCGAUGUCAGGUCACCCAAUGAGAAUGGUAGUGCAGAAAGGAUUUAAGAGACAUUUGACACAUUAAUUGAAAUAAAUCAUUGAUGAUCCAACAUGUAUGCCAGCAUGUGGGACUGGCUAAAGACUGACAGAGAAGAGAGGUAAAGGUAACCAUUUCGGACAUAAAAGUGGCAGAGAAAAGUUGGGAAUAUAGCCAUUUUAGUGAAUACAACAGAGUGAUAUAAUGCACAUUUAUGAGCCAACGUGGACUUCAGCAUGUGGAACCAGACAAAGAGUGACCGAGAAGAGAAUGAAAUAUGCAACAAUUUUAUCGACUGUAAGAAAGUGAAAAA